AUGACGUCACUGAAGCCGCUGGGGUUUCAGCCUCCCUCGGCUGCGGUCACUGAAGAUUUCUUGGCAACAUACCAUGCUAACUAUGGCUUUCCCACUGAAAGUUCAGAUACCUCGGCAUCUGUUGCAAAGACUGAAUCUAAACCUGCACCAGAUUCAAAGGCCAACAAAGCUCAGCAGCCGGUAGAACCCAAAACGUCGCAGCCGACAGAUCCUAAACAAAAAGGAGAAAAAAGAAAAGCUGAAGCAGGAUGGUUUCAUGUUGAAGAACAGAAAAAUACAAAUGUAUAUGUGACAGGUUUACCACCAGACAUUACAAAAGAUGAGUUUGUAGAAGUUAUGUCAAAGUGUGGUAUCAUUAUGCGUGAUCCUCAAACAGAGGAGCCAAAAAUCAAACUUUACAAAGACAAAGAAGGAAAUCUUAAAGGCGAUGGGCUCUGUUGUUAUUUAAAGAGAGAAUCUGUUGAACUUGCACUGAAAUUAUUGGAUGAAAAUGAAAUCCGAGGCUACAAACUGCACGUGGAAGUUGCACAGUUCCAGCUUAAGGGGGAGUAUGAUGCUAGCAAGAAGAAAAAGAAGUGCAAAGAUUACAAGAAGAAGCUCUCCCAGCAACAAAAACUGCUGGAUUGGAGGCCAGAGAGGAAAGAGGGGAGUGCUAGAUUGCGGCAUGAGCGUGUCGUCAUUAUCAGAAACAUGUUUCACCCCAAAGAUUUUGAGGAGGACCCCUUGGUGCUAAAUGAAAUCCGAGAAGAUCUACGGACAGAAUGUGAAAAAUUUGGUCAAGUAAAGAAAGUCAUUAUAUUUGAUAGGCACCCUGAUGGAGUAGCGUCGGUAUCUUUUAAAGAAUCCGAAGAGGCUGAUGUUUGCAAACAGGCACUCAGUGGACGAUGGUUUGGUGGACGGCAGCUCUGUGUGGAAACAUGGGAUGGUGUAACUGAUUACCAGGUUGAAGAAACCUCACGGGAAAGAGAAGAGAGACUGAAGGGGUGGCAAGAAUUUUUAGGUGAUCCUGACCAACAGCUGCCGAAAGGGCCACCGGGUGCAGAUUCUUCAAAAACUGGUCAGCAGCUGGCUAAAGGAGCUCUGCCAUCUCAAGACAACGGGACCUCUGAAGCCGAUGCGAAGGCCGAAGCAGCUGAAAGAGGAAGUGACAGCAAAGGAGCCAGUGAAGAUGUCACGGCGUCCACAGACAGCAGCGUUGCAGACAGCGACGAAGAAGCAGAGGCGUAACGCCGCUUGUUGCUUGUAGAAAGCGCGAUCGCGGGGUACCCUUGAGGCCUCUGUUAUCCUUUAUUCUGACGCAGCUGCAAGCUGCACUCGAAUGAAUGAAUGAAGAUGAAUAUAUAUAUAUAUAUGCAUAUAUAUGCAUAUAUAUGCAUAUGUGCACGUUUCUUUGUUAGGGUGUCAUCAACAUGCUUUUGAGGUAUUCCAUUAAAAGCAGCAUUUAGUUCAUUGCGUGCGUGCGUGUUCAUAUAUUCACGUAUGGCCGCGACUGAAGCUGCGUAUGUCAUAAGUUGCCAAGAAUCCUGCUGAACUGACCAGCUGUCUUAAGUUAUACCUUUGCUUGUCAGUGUUCAAAGUCCAUCCACGUGAAGUAGGUACAAACUUCCAGUUCCCCUUAACUACACAAUAACCUUUAGAAACACAGGUAUGAAUGCUUUUCAGUGUUUGCUCUAAUUUCAGCCCCCCCUUCCAACCUACUAAUACUCUCCCUGUAUGAUAUGAAUUCUUGCCUGCCUUGGGUGCACCAGUAUGUGCUUGCAACAGCUGGUUUUCCUGAUAUUAGUGAUUUUAAAGUAACAGAUCAUUGAAGAUGUAUUAGCGCUCUCCAUGGCCGAGAGAGAGAUUAGAGAGAUCAGGCUCUGAAAAUGCUCUUCUGGUGUGUAAAGUUCCUUGUGAUUCAUGUCCUUCGUUCAUUUAGAAGUUUGAUGCUGAGGAAAGCUAGGUAAUAAAUGGGAAAAAGAAUGUAAAUAAGAUUAAUUCUAAUCUUCACUUUUUAAAAUUCUGAUUUGGUUAACUCAUUGAAAACAUGCAGAGCGCAUCUGUGUUGGAAGUGUGAUUCCCGCCUUGCCCCGGUGUUAACUGUUCAAAUAUAGUUGGAUUUCAAGCAUUUGUCAAGACUGAGUAUAUGAAGCCUGUAUUUUUUUAUACUGGAUUGAUUAUAGGAGAUUCUACGAAUAAAAUUGUUUUGAGAUUCAUUCCCAAAAUUGUUUCUCAGAUUUUUAAACAACUUUUUGUAGAUAUUAACCACUCAGAAAUAGCCCUUUUUAAAAUUGCUCCCAAGACUUUCCAAAUGCUCUGCCCACGUUUAUUUUCUGUGGCCUUAUAACUACAUAUUUAAAUAAGGAAGUGAUGAUUUCAUCCAUCCCAGAUAUACUUUAAUGGGGAACCUGUGCUUUUGUGACAAAUCAUAGCAUAGAUUUUCCCCAUUUGCAUGUGAGUGUAGGAGAUUAGAUGCUUCAUACUGAGUUUGCUGUUUUAUCUGAAUGAUUCUGUAGUUUGUAGAAAUCAGGAUCUCAGCCCGUUGCUUGAGACAGACAAUUAUGCAAAUUAUUACUUGCUGUUGACUCCAAAUGUAGCAGACUUAGAAGUGGACAUUUCAAACUUUAUCUCCUUUUGUUGGAAAAGGAGAAGAAAAAAUUAGGAGCCUAAACUCACUUUUGAUCAAUUUCACACGGACAUAGUUGAAUGUUACGUCUCAUUGGAUCCUUUAUUUAUAGGCAGUUUAGGAAUCUGCACUGAUGAAAAACAGGCUAACUUGCUAAAUAAUCUUUUGUAGAAUAAAGCUAAGUGCUUAAUGUAACCGUUUUGUACCUUGAAUUUGUGAUUAAUCCAUCUUUUGAAAAUAUUUGUGUUGCUUUCGAACUUAUAGGUUCUGACCACUCAUAUCUGACACACUUCCCUUAAAAAAGCUGAGAAUUUAAGUAAACCGAAGAUGAGUGAUAGAAGCAAAUUGCGGUUCUAAAAGGUUUUCAUCUGCCCAAGUGAAAGAUGUGGCAAGGUUUUAAUGCACAAGCCUGUCCUGGAUUUUCUCUUGCUGUUGUGUGUCCUUGUAUGUUGGGAUGUGUGAUGAGAUGACAGCGAAGGAGGUCAUUUAAACUGUUAAUGCAAGUUUAGUGAGACAAC